AGCAGUGUAUCGUGCAGGUCUCGGAUCUUGUCAGAGCUGUACAUGUUUUCUCAGACACUUCUAUAAGUUACAAUUACAAAUGUAUAUAAGCUCGGAGAAUAUGCCACAUUGGAUUCUCCUGCCACAAAACAAAAAAAUCAUCUACCCCAGCUACUUCCCCAAAAGUGUCACUGUCCAGUGGGUCCUCUCUCGAUCUUCUUUAUAGCGCCACGCCUUAUCGUUGCCAAUCGCUCACUUCCGGAUCGAAAGUCGCCGGCCAUGAAGCUCUCCUACCUUCUCCUCGCCGCCCUUUUUGCCGCGGCGUACGCGUCGUCGGAGAGAGCGAUCGCGGUCGCGGGCGCCGGCGGCCGCGGCAGCCUGUUAUCGGACCCGGAGCAGCAGUGCGUGUACACGGUGUACGUGCGGACGGGCUCGAUCUGGAAGGGCGGGACGGACUCGGCGAUCGGCGUGACGCUGCUGGGCUCGGACGGCACGGGCGUCCGGAUCGCCGACCUGGAGCAAUGGGGCGGGAUGAUGGGCGCCGGCCACGACUACUACGAGCGCGGCAACCUCGACAUCUUCAGCGGCCGCGGGCCCUGCAUGGAGCGCGCGCCGUGCUGGGCGAACGUCACCUCCGACGGCGCCGGCGCGCACCACGGCUGGUACUGCAACUACGUCGAGGUCACGGCCACGGGGCCCCACAUGGGAUGCGCGCAGCAGCUCUUCACCGUCGAGCAGUGGCUCGCCACCGACGCCUCGCCCUACCGCCUCUACGCCGCCGUCGACAACUGCGGCGACAAGCAGGCCGCCAAGGGCCAGGAGGCCAGGGCCAGCACCGCUCUGUGAGAAGUAUAUGCACGCGCCGCGGCAUAGCGUGAACUGCAUCCGUGCGAUAUAUUGUUGUAAAGCAUGAUACGAUUUGAUCGAUGUGCACGAUUAGUUUUCGCCGGCCUCUUGUUAGCAUUGACACGCCGGAAAUAAAGCCAGCGUUCGUUGUGUUCUGGAACGAUCUGGUUGGAGUCAAAUUGAGGACGAGUUGUCUGUUAGCCUGUCAGUGUCAGUUCAUUAGCUCUCGGUGUAUACGUCUAUUUAUCAUCCGGGUCUAUGUUGAUCCUCUGUUUUUGUCUA